UCAGAGGAUGACAUGAACGCGUCUUAACGAGUGACACUUAACGUUUAGCAAGUUCCCUGCUAAGUAAUUUUUGAACUGAACAUCCGUUUUGUGUGGAAGAUAUUUCACUUUUUGAUUCGUUAAGUCUCCUUUCAGACCCUUAUAGGAGAGUGAUCGAUGCUUAAAGCUAGCUGGCUGUCAAAGUUAGCAGAAAGAUAGCAGAAUGUCUGCUUUAUCAGUGUAUUCCUGGACUAAACUCCAGUUGAGAACGCAGAGCAUAAUGUCUCUUCUCCAAAAGAAUGUCUGCAUUUGUCCAAAUCAAAAUACAAGGCAUCUCAGCUCUGGACAGCAGCACAGAAGGAGGGUUGUCGUUACUGGCAUUGGGUUGGUGUGUCCUCUGGGCACGGGGACUGCUGUGCCCUGGGACCGCCUGAUCAAAGGUCAGAGUGGCAUUGUCGCUCUGGAGUCACAGGACUACAGGACUGUCCCUUGCAAAGUGGCAGCUUUGGUUCCGAGAGGGACGGAAGAGGGAGAGUUUGUGGAUGAGAGGUUUGCCUCACGUGGGGAGAUUAACAGCAUGUCCCCAGCCACAGUGAUGGCCCUCGGGGCCGCUCAGCUGGCCCUGGAGGACUCGGGGUGGUCCCCCAGGAGUGAAGAGGAGCAGCUCAACACCGGGGUGGCUGUUGGCAUGGGCAUGGUGUCGCUGGAGGAGAUCGCUCGCACCUCCGCUGCCUUCCAAGAAAAGGGCUACAACAAAGUGAGUCCCUUCUUCGUGCCUCGCAUCCUCGUCAACAUGGCCGCCGGGCACAUCAGCAUAAAGCACAAACUGAAGGGCCCCAACCACGCAGUGUCUACAGCGUGCACCACAGGCACGCACGCAAUAGGCGACGCAGCUAGGUUCAUUGCCCACGGGGAUGCCGUUGCCAUGGUCACGGGGGGGACAGAAUCGUGUGUCGGGCCCCUCUCAAUAGCCGGCUUUGCCAGGGCACGUGCGCUCGCCACAAAAUGGAACGACAGUCCCACGCUCGCAUCGAGACCCUUUCACCCAGAGAGGGAGGGCUUUGUGAUGGGAGAAGGAGCAGCCGUGCUCCUCCUGGAGGAACUGGACCACGCAGUGAAAAGAGGAGCCAGAGUCUACGCAGAGGUCCUCGGAUACGGACUGUCCGGGGAUGCUAGUCACAUCACUGCACCCACUGCAGAUGGGGAUGGAGCAUUCAGGUGCAUGUCUGCAGCCUUAAGGGACGCAGGCGUCUCACCGGAAGACGUCACAUACAUCAACGCCCACGCCACAUCCACGCCUUUGGGCGACGCAGCAGAAAACGCAGCCAUCAAGAGGCUCUUCCAGCAAAGCGCAGCCAACCUGGCUGUCUCCUCCACCAAGGGAGCCACAGGACAUCUACUCGGGGCCGCUGGUGCCCUCGAGGCAGCGUUCACCGCUAUGGCCUGCUACCACGGGGUCCUGCCCCCAACCCUCAACCUGGAUCGCACAGAGCCAGAGUUUGACCUGAAUUACGUCCCCUGCACGGCUCAGGCGUGGCGGACUCUGGGGCGGCGCGUCGCCCUCACGAACUCGUUUGGAUUCGGCGGCACAAACGCCUCACUGUGUCUCGGUAGCAUGUGAUAACACACUGGGGCUGUUGUGUUAAAAAUGUGAUCUGACCCAGGCUGUACUCUUCACCUCUGAAGCGGUUCUAAUGAACUGACGAUGUGACCUCCUCCACAGACACUGGGACUGAUCUUGUGGGUUUUCAUUAACCGGCUUUGAGUAGUAUAUUAGGAUAAAAAUUCAGAUGGUAGUAUUCAAAUAAACUGUGAAAGUCAGAGGUGAACCAAGCUGAAAUACAGUGAUCAGCCACAACAUUAAAACCACCAGCCUGUGAAGUGAAAAACAUUAAUGAUCUCAUUAAUGUUAUUACUGUUAUGUACUAACUAUUUAUUUUGAUUCCUGCCACCACCUGAACAUUGACCAAGGACAACUCCUUUCUCUUCCUCCUCCUCCUCCCCAUUGAUCAUUGGUCCCUUGGUCUCUGGUCCUUCUCCUUCCUUUGACCACUGUUGAUAGAUCAUAAAAGCAGAGCAGAAACACCCAACAACAGCGGCAGUUCUGGAGAUGUUCUGACCCAGUCGUCAAGUCAUAACAGUUUCAUCCUUGUCAAAGUCUCCUGUCAUCAACUUUAAGGACAAAAUGUCCAACUUGCUGCCUGAGAACAUACUUCACCUGUUAGUGGUUAUAAUAUUAUGGCUGUACACUGCCCAGCCUGAAAUUCCCCAAAUGGUGGCCCUCGCUAUCAAGACUCGUACCAGCCACCUUUCUAGUCAGCAUUUGCACCAAGUUGCACCAGAAUAUAUUUAAUAUAUUGUAUGUCAGUUUGGUUAAUGCAACCAUUAAAUUAAAUUAAAAAAAAACAAGUUCCUCUUCCCUGAAGUGCUGUGAAACCUCGAAAAUAUAACACCUGUUAAUUACGCUACUCAUACAUUUUUCCAACAUUGCAUGCAUGUAGACUCAUGGCAAAAGGAUUUCUGUUUGACUCUGAAUAAUGCUCUGCCUUAAUGGCUUUAUAUGUUUGUGAUAACAUGUUAACGUGGCAUGUGGGAUACAAUGGACAUGUGCAGGGGGGGUGUAGGGAAGGGAGGCGGUCCAUCUAGUUGAUGAUGGCAGGCGAUGUUGUUCUCUUGACCGGAUAAAGAAUUGAAAAUAAUUUAUAUGUGACAAACAUUUGUUUGAUGUUCAUUUAAAGGGGGCACCGGUCUCAUGGAGGUAAUCAAGUAGGAUAACAGACAA